UACAAGCAUCUUUGUAGCACAGUUUUGCUGUCUCAUUUGCGGUAAGAAACGUAUUUAUUCCGUUAAGGACUGUAAUCACGAUUAUCCGGGAAAAAUCGAUUGUAGAUACCAAGGAUGGCAGAGUGUUCCCUAUGAUAUAUUUGAUUUCCCAAAAGGGAAGCAUGUCAUAAAACUCGGUGGAAAUCCGUUUGUAUGUGACUGCAGAAUAGCGUGGUUUCUUAGGGAGCCAAAAUUUAAGAGAAUAAGACACAAAAAACCUGUGAUCCUCGAUCUUUACACACAUGUUAAGUGCGGCUCCCCAUCGGUUCACAAGGGAAAACGUCUCUUUGAUCUAAAGGAGCGUGAUCUGUGCCCGAAAAGCAGGUGGAGUGCUAAGCGCAUGUGUCGUGAGGAUCGUAGACGGAAUCUUCUGGAUUGCGGGAACGACGUUAUCAAACUGCCAGAAAAACACAGCAUUCCGGUGGAAUUAUUUGACACCAAAAUGAAGGGAAUAAGUUUAAAAGACCUCGAAAUCGACUGCGAUUGUUCUUUUGUGUGGUUUCUGAGAAAACUUUGGCAAAAGAAAUAUCGUGAAAGACUACACAGUCUUCCGAAUAUUGGCAAAUGCAUUUCCCCUAGACGACUGAAAAAUACAAGACUGCAAUACCUCAAAGAAGAGGAUGUUUGCCCACAGUUAGAGAGAAAAAUCGUUGACCCGUGCAAAGGCCAUCCUAAGCCAUGCAGAAACGAUAUCACUGGAGAUCUUUACUUAUGCAAGAGAUUCAAGAACACUUUCAAAUGUGGAGACUUGUACAUAAUGGAAUGCCCAGCGGAUAAAAAUAUAUGUGAACCAGAGAGAGAGAUAUGUAAAAAAACCCCAUAUGCAAUAGAAUGUCAUUGUAAACUUGGGUUUAAAGGAUGGUUUUGUAUUGAUGUCGACGAAUGCAAGGGUGACAAUCUUUGCGAUGAGAACGCGAUAUGCACAAAUUCUCCCGGUUCUUAUCAAUGUAAAUGCAAAUCUGGGUUUCGUGGUGACGGAAGAGUCUGUUUUGAUGUGGAAGAAUGUGCGGACGAAAAGCCAUGUUCAAAAGAAGCAAAAUGUGUCAACACUCCUGGAUCAUUUACUUGCACUUGCAACAAAGGUUUUGAUGGAGACGGGAUAAAAUGCAAAGACAUUGAUGAAUGCAAAGACGGGAAUGAUUGCUCGAAAUAUGCAAAAUGUUCAAACUCCCCUGGAUCCUUUUCGUGUCGAUGUAAGCAAGGUUAUGUUGGCAAUGGAAAAGUAUGCAAAGAUAUUGACGAGUGUUCAAAAAAUCAAAAUACUUGUCACAAGCAAGCUAAAUGUAUAAACACAUCACCAGGCUACCGUUGCUAUUGCAGACAGGGAUUCAAAUCAUUUGAGGAUGGAAGGCGCUGUGAAGACGUGGAUGAAUGUAAAAGCAAGACAUAUUGUUCAAAACACGCAACAUGUGAUAAUACCAUGGGAUCAUUUCAGUGUUCUUGUAAUUCUGGCUAUAGUGGAAAUGGAAAAUUUUGUAAUGACAUAAAUGAAUGUGAGAACAAGGGGCAAUGCUCAUCCCAGGCAAAGUGUGAAAACACCGCUGGAUCCUACAAAUGUACUUGUAAAAAUGGUUUUUAUGGUGACGGUCAAAAAUGCCGAGACGUGGAUGAAUGUUCAAACAUCAACGAUGUGUGUUAUUCACUAGCCAAUUCAAAAUGUCUGAACACAGUUGGUUCGUAUCAAUGCCAAUGUUUGGACGGAUAUUCAAGAAACGAAACGCAUUGUGCAGACAUGGAUGAAUGUCUUGACGAGGAGAUACUAGAUAAUUGCGGGAAUAAUACAAUAUGUAUCAAUUAUCCCGGAGGAUUCGAAUGCGAAUGCAAAGAAGGAUAUCAGCGUUACACAGGGACAGAAGAAUGCCAGAAACAAGAUGUUGUGAAUUUGCCAUUUUACGAGAAAGCCUAUGUCAAAUUCACCGUUCCCACAAUGGUCGUUGUUUUAGUCUUGCUCGUGAUUAUUUGCUGUUGUAAGUGUUGCUGCGGGAGAAAGGAGAAGGAUUCGAAAAAGACUAAUGACGAAGAUGAACAGGCUCUUUUGUACGCAGCUGAAAUGCCUUUUUUACCAAUGAAUGUACCACCAAUUCCGCCGAAUCUUUCUAUGGUAUCCACAUAUUCUGAAGUGGAUUAUGACGAUGACAACACGACUGUAAUCACGAUUAUCCGGGAAAAAUCGAUUGUAGAUACCAAGGAUGGCAGAGUGUUCCCUAUGAUAUAUUUGAUUUCCCCAAAGGGAAGCAUGUCAUAAAACUGGGUGGAAAUCCGUUUGUAUGCGACUGCAGAAUAGCGUGGUUGCUUAGAGAACCGAAAUUUAGAGAAACAAG